AUGUGGUGCGCGAACAAGGCCGCCGAGAGCGCGUUUGCACGUCUCUGUGCGGACGCCGAAGCAGAAACCACAGCAACUGAUGUCUCAUCGGUUGCUGAAGCGACUCAGCUUAUGUCACCUGGUGAUGUAGGCGCUGGUCAUGAAGACGCUCAUGUCUUCACAGAGUAUGAGCUCGGUGUCUCAUACUCUUCUGAUACGGAAGACGGAUCCGUAUCGACGGCGAUUGAAUCCAAGCCGCCUGCCAAGCGUGGCAUGGAUGAUGCUAUGCGUCUUAGCAUCUUUGGUUCAUCUGAUUCAUCAGAUGAACCAUCGCCGAAGCGAAGGCGCUCGAGUGCUUCUGUCGGCACGUCGCAGGAAGAGCGGGACCGCAAUGUGUUGCGUCUCGCUCCUGAGAAGAAGGCAUGGAUGCCUCCAAAAUCCGUCAUGGAUCACUUGUCGGCGACGACGAGUGAUCGUUAUCGAACACGAUUGUUCGAUUCGUCAAGGAUCCAUCACCUUGACCCCAGCGCGAAAAACUAUCGCGCUGAACAUGAAUUCUUCAUCGAUGCUUUCUUUGAACAUCGAUGA